CUCCAUCCGGGAGGGUGACACGUCUCGUGCACAUUCCUGAGGCGUCUCAUAAAUAUGAAAAGCAGACUCCCUCUGACGAUUGGCCAUUAUGGGGGGUUCCAAAAGGCUGCGUAACCUGAAUGAGACACCAUUUCGCGGAAAGCAACGGUACCACCUGCCACUGGUAUUCGCUUCACCAAUGAGACGGCAUUCUAGUCUACGUUGGUGCAGUAUAAAAGCGCCCUUUAACUUGGAGGCAACAUCGACCUCUCGUCCAGAUCACUAGCCAUGGCUUGUAAGAUCGUCAUCGUCCUCUGCUUCGCGCUGUUCGCAGCUGCUGUGGCGAAGAGCCUCUACAACGACGACCAGGUGGCUGACCUCGACGGCCGCAUCGCCCAGUGCCUGAACCGCCUGCCUGCCGGGCCCAGCAAUGCCUGCCGCCUCAGUGCGGGGACCACCCCCAUCAAGGAGGGAGCCAGGAGGGAGUACCGCGUCGAGCCGAUCGUCGAGUGCUUGACCAAGGCCGGCAUCCCGCAGGGACCGGCCCUCAAGUCGGCCAAGUACUGCCUGACCUUGGAGCUGUGGAAGCCUAUUUAGACAGCUGUGCCAAUUUCGGGAACUCAUUGCAACGGAGGCUGCAGUAGCGCAAAACGAGUCCGUGACAUCGUUUCCCACAGACUCCUACGGGCUCCUGGACCUCCUUUCCGACCCCUCACUGAAAAUGUCUUGCCGAGACGAAUCGAAAACUGCAAUAUAUUUUUCAAUCGGUUGAACCCUUUUUUCUAAAAUCCUGAUCUUGCGAACUGCCGAAGUCGGGCUGCUGGACCCCCUCUAAACCCCUCCUUGCAAAAGUCUUCGAAAACCCGCAAUAAAAAUUUUCAGUCGGCCGAGCCCCGUUUUUCUAAAUCUUGACCGGGUUAACUGGUGAAGUUAGUCUCCUGGAACCCCCUUCCCACCCCUCGUUGGAAAGGAAUUGCCGAGACUUAUCGAAAACCGCAAUAAAAAUUUUCAGUCGAUCGCGAAGAGGUGGUCAACUUGUGAAAGUGGCCGAUUAGGUCGAAACCGGGUUCAUUGAGUUUGCCUCGUCCCCCCGAUCCCAAAAAUUACCCAAUACCGUAAUUGUGGGUUAUAUGGACCACUUUUCGAUUUUUUUUAAGAAUUACUGAAAGCUGAAAUGUGCUGCGGUCUUGCCAAUUUAAAUAUAAUAUCUACCAUCCUUCCCGCGUGUUUUGGCCCAAACGGCAUGUUAUUA